AUGAUCAACUUCAUGCUGACCUUCGCCAUUGCCCUCAUCGGCAUUACUGGCUCUCUGGCAGCACCAGUGGCAGUUACCUCGACCAACAUCACCACGAUCAACGCUAGGGACGACUAUCAGCUUCCAGGGUUGUCACUGGAGCCCAUCGAGGCUGACAACGCCAAGUGCUCCGUAGGGGUGCUGAUGAACGAUGACACUUCUGCCACUCGGUCCUACAACGUCCACAUCGGCCGACCAUACGCCGAGGGAUCAGGCUGCGAGUACAUUCGUGAUACCAUCGCCCAGAAGGCCUCUGACGGCGCAUUCGAGUUCAAGAGCGGCACAUACAAGUGCCUGGAUGACGGCAGUGGAAACACGUUCUUGACUUUCGCUGCUGGUGAUGUCUUCAAUCUUGAGAAUAACGCCGAUGUCAUCGACGCCCUCCAGCAGCGGUAUCCCAUGAUUCCAUUCAAGGACAACGGCAUCUGUCGCUUCGAGAGCAACCCAGGACGCACUCGCUCAAUUCCAAUCAACUCGCAUACGCUCACCACUCGCGAUGGUCCAAUCGACCACAACACCGCCCUGUGUUCCUACAGCAGGGUAUCCGGCACCGGCGGCAGCCUGGAUUUGGGAAUGGACAAGUGCGAGGCCCGCGUUGGUAGAGACUACAUCAACGGUGCAGGCUGUGCCCCAAUCCGCCAGACUCUGCAGAGUUUGAUUCCCGACGGCAUCUCCGCCUACUCCUGCGUCGACGAUGGUUACGGCUACACCCAGCUUGCCUUCAAUGUGUGGAACGCCCGAGCCAUCUACUACGACAUCAACACGGCUUUGCAGAAGGCGUACCAGGACAUUCCAUUCAUCCACGACCAUAUCUGCGGAUAG